GUCAGUAGCGUAGUUCAGAGAAUGUUGUUAGGUCUAUAUUUUUUAAAUGCGUUAACAAUACUUUUGCUAUUAAAUAUCCCAAACGAGCUUCAGAGGACUGUGUAGAGACUACCCCGUGCUGCUGGAUGGUUGGCUGAGCGGUGGAGGAACAUUUAAAUCCAAGUAUCUCCUUUGACCUUUACCCUAACAUCUUAGGUUGUCUCUGAUCUGGUGGGAUGUCAGAGGGCGGCGCAGGUGCCAGCCCCCAGGUGUUUGUGGUGGACAGUCAGGCCAGCUACAUUAAAAUGCCCCCUGAAAGGAAACCAAGGUGGGGGAGUCAGCUCCAAAAGUUUCUUCUCUUGCUGGUGGGACUGGCCAUGUUGGGAAUAAUCGUCGAAGGAUUUUUAAUCUACAAACUUUACCAAAGGACAGAGGCUUCUUCUUCUAACCAUGAGCAUGACCUUAAGAACCAGACAAACCCCAAGCCAGAAAGUCUGGUGGGAGAAGUGAGAGAUGGGAAGAUGAGCAGAAAUGAGAGGAGACCCUUUGCUCACCUGCUGGGCGCCGAUAAUCCUAUGGGGACGAACGAUGUAGUGCAAUGGGCAAAAGAGGGUGAUGCAGUCACCCAAGACAUGAAGUAUAAAGAAGGCCGGCUGACAGUAGAAAAGGAGGGCUACUACUAUAUCUACUCCAAAGUGAUUAUGAAUGCAGCAGAAGAGUGUUCACUUAGCCAGCACAAAGUCAUGAAGAAGACCAAAGCCUAUGAUAGGCCUAUAGAACUUAUGCAAUCAAAAAGUAUGCAUUGCUCAACCCCAAAACCUCAUUUGAAGCUUCCAGAA